ACCAUUUUCUGCGCUAAAUUUCUCAACAUUCUGUUUGCUGCUCUGUUGCUUCUGUCUGCCACCCACCGCCUGGACAGACGACCAGACACCUCACAAAACAUGGCCAGAAACGAUCAGAAAGCAGUGCACCUGCCCAGCCCAGCGCUGCCCGUGGGAUUCCGACAGUUUGCCACACAGGUGGCCGGGCACACAUUCGAGGCGACCAAUGCCGCCGCCGUGGGCCUCCUGCAGGACUCCGUCGCGGGAUGCGUGCUAAAGCCGCUGGGAAAGCCCGAGUGUGAGGUGCGCGAACUGAACUUUUAUGAGUCAUUGGCAUCGGCGGCCGUAGCGUCGACGGCGGCGGGAGCCAUGGCCGAAGCGAAAGCGCCAGGUGAUAAUGACCUUGCCGCCCUCAGUCGUCACGUCCCGCGGUUUUACGGCCAUCUCAAACUGGUUGUGAAUCAGCGCGAGCACACAUUUGUCAGGCUGGAAGACCUCACGAGCGGCAUGCAGCAGCCGUGUGUCAUGGACGUGAAGAUGGGACGCCGCACGUGGGACCCCAUGUCCUCGCCGCACAAGCGCCAGGUGGAGGAGCAAAAGUAUGUGAUAUGCAAGCAGAAGCUUGGCCUCUGCUUGCCCGGUUUCCUGGUCUACCUCCCCGCGGAAGAGCCCGGCAAGACUGUGGUGCUGCGUCACGGCAAGGAUUACGGCAAGAGCCUGAAUGUGGCUGGCUUCAGGCAGACCAUGGGCAUCUUUUUCAAUGCCAGCACCAGCGACUCGAAGACACGAGCCGCCGGUUCCGAGAUCCUGCUCAGGGAAGUGCUGCGACAACUGCAGGAGAUCCUCGCCUGGUUCAAGCGCCAGCGACUGCUCCACUUCUACGCCAGCUCCCUGCUCAUCUGUUACGACUAUGCCCGACUCAGCUCCGAGUCCCAGCCACCGCCCUCGCCUCUGCUCAAUGGCCACCAUCAACAUCAUCAAUGCUCCGAAGAUCCCUCCGAGUGGAUACGCGUGCGCAUGAUUGACUUUGCUCAUGUCUAUCCUGCGGAGGAUGGCCAACCCGAUGAGAAUUACAUGUUCGGACUGCAGAGCCUCAUCGAGGUGGUCCGAUCCAUACUCUACCGAUAGCCAAGACCAAGGAGCAGCCACUCCAACUACUCCAAGUAAUCCACACAUUUGUAUUAUUGCGUAAGCCAAAAGAUUAGUCCACAGUAGGACCCUAAAGAAGGGAAUGGGUAGAAUAAAACCCGGUUUUUUACAA